AUGCACCCAGGCUCGAUCGAGACUCCUGUAUCAGUACCCCGAGAUCCAAAUCUAAUAUCCUCCGACCAAGCCGCCCAACAUGGCUCGCCUCGCUCCCAGCCAAGCUCCCCAGAUGACGCCUCUCCUCACGAGAGCAUCUUUGGCGGAGAUGUCGCUUCUGGGAGUGACGAUGGCCAUCGCUUCGACCAAGACUUUGGCCGACUGAGGGCUGCCGACUAUGUCUCUGCCGCCCAGCCUGUUAUGACUGCUGGUCAACGAAUCGCCGAAUAUGAAAACGCCUUACUGCUAUCCCGACAACACGUUCCGCAUACCUUAGCAUUUCAAGUUGUUAAGAACACUUCGAACUCCCCUGGACGCGUCAAGCUGACAGACUUUCCCAACGAAAUCCUGACCCAUAUCCUAUCGCAUCUGCAUCCCGAUUCCCACGGAGACGUCGCUCUGGUCUCGAAGCGCUUCUACCACCUCGUUGCGGCCCCAUAUGCCUGGCGAAGAGCCUUCCUGCGCAACUUUCCUGGUCAAGAAUCGCUUCUCUCGGCAAAGAAAAGGAGCGAGUUGGCCAACGAAGAUGGGGAGGUGGACAGAAUACGCUCCGAGUCUCGGUACUUUGCCAGGCUGAGCGCCAUGGCCACAUGGCGUAGCGAGUAUCUCCUCCGCACCCGGCUGCUUAGGAGUGUAUCCCGCGGGAAACCCGAUGGCUCCUCACAGAUGACAAUCCAGUCUGGAAAGAAGGCAGCCGCCGUCCUGACGGAUAUUGGAAUGGCGUCCGUCAGCGAUCCUACCACUGGUAAGAUUGAGAAGCUGGGUAUGGAUGAUCAGUUCCACUUCCAGCAACUGGACGAGGUGCAUCCCGGUCUCGUGUACUACGGAAUGGGCGACGGACCUGCAGCGGUCCCCAACGUCAUUGACGUUAGUCAGCCCUAUGGUCUAAUCGGUGCCGAAGCGUUCCCUGGUGGUCGAGUCUACUUCAAACCACAAGGUCAGCUGCGCGGCCGAUUCCUGGGAAUUGUACCCGAAACAGUCGAUGGCGAGCCUGAGAUCCCCAAGAUUCCCGUACUCUUGGAUGCCGUCUGUUCAGUGUGGAUCGCAAAGUCGCCCAAUGUACCAACAGCGACUGAUUCAAUGGUUGGUAUGUUAACUGGCUCGACCCUCGGCAUAGUGACCGCCUAUACCCUUGGCUAUGAAAUUUCGGGUCGCCGCGCCGGCAAUCGUGUUGGCGAGAUCACCGCACGCUGGGUGCUCAGUCCUGGCGUACCUAUUGUAGACAUCAAGGUCGAUGACAACUACAACCUGAGACGCAAAGGCAUGGACAGGGUCUGGGCUGUUGCUUUGAAUGCACUCGGAGAGGUUUUCUAUCUCAUCCAGACGCCGACUCCUUCUUCAGCUCGUGGAAAGUCGACAACCCUGCUUAAGGAUGCCUGGGAUGCCGGACGCACUGCUUAUUGGGAGAUGAUUGAAGCAACCCGGCGUGUCGCAAUACCGGAUGAUUUUGACAAAAAUGCAGCUGAUGCUUCAUACUCACCGCGCACUUCGGCAAAUUUCAUGAAUCUGAGCAAGCCCCAGAUAGUUGCUGAGGCUCGAGAGAUAGAAUCUUUCUUCCGUCGCAAACCAGCGGACUUCCGGAAGGCUUGCUUAGAUUGGGAUAUGCAACGGAUACUCGAGGUGGAUUUUGCUGUCGGCGACGAAAACGGCGGUGAGGCCAUCUUCAAAAUCGAGUGCGGUUUGGAGGAGGGUGUGCCUCCCACCGUUCGGAGAUAUGUCAGACACAAGGCUAGCCCAGUCGUCGAUUCAGAGAGGGUUGCGGCCUUGUUAUCUUCAGCACCCACAGCCUCCAUCUUUGGAGCUACGGAGACGCCGAAAAGCUUGGACUCUGUUCCUCAGUCUACCACCGACGGUGGAGAGAAGCCUACGGCGAUUUAUGCUUCCAGCGGGUCACCCUCAACCUCAGCCACGCCCGCAGGAGACGUUAUCAACGGUUGGUCUGUCACCGACUACAAGCUUAAGAUGCCUCUAGGUGCAGAAAUCACCGCAAGUGCGAUCGAUUUGUCUAAUUAUGCUGUCAUGGCGGCAUUUGAGGACCCUCUUUGCUUUGAACAUGAUGGAAGUGGUGCCACGUCCAAGGAGAUUCCUGGUCGCCGCGCCCGCUAUCUUGCUGUUGGAACCAGCACCGGCUCGGUGAAUGUGUGGAACAUGAGAGAUCAUCACUCUGCCCACAUGGUCAAGCCGUUGCGAGUUAUUCAGACCGAUUCACCCGCUAUCUCCAGUCUUGCGCUUUCCGCUCUUUAUCUACUUCACGGUGGUACUGACGGUGUGGUCCAAGCAUGGGACCCGUUGGCUUCAACCAAUGAACCUAUCCGCACCCUCAAUGCGAAGAUGCUGGGCCGGAUCCCUCGUGCCAUUCUCUCACAGGCUCCCGCGAUGGAACGAAAUGUGUACUCUGCUGUUCGCGCCAUUUUCUUGGAUCCUGACCCGACCGUCCUUCGAGGCGUAUCGGCAUGGGGCAACAACAUCAGGUUCUGGUCUUACAGCUCUACGAAUCAAACUCCGGGCCGGAAGCGACGUCACCGGCAUAACGACGUACACGGCCGGGUUGCCAGUCGUAGAACCAGCCACCAUGUUUCUGGCUUCAUUGCCGCCGAAGAAGCGGAGCUUAUCCAGGAGGAGGAGACGCGUACUCGCGAGAUGGCUCGGCUCCGUUCGCGGUUUGGACAAGGCUUGGCAGACAUGACUGAGGAAGAAGCACUUCUUUAUGCCCAACUGGUAUCCGAGGAGGACUUCAUCAAGCAAGAGUCGCUUCGCUUGGCAGCUGAGGCUGAGAUGAGAUCAACUGCUGAAUCAGAAUGGGAGCAGUUGCCAUCUACGGGAAGCAGUGCUGACCAGUUCACACCCGAGUCCAGUCUUCCCGGUGCUAGUCCGAGUGUGGCCGGAAGUGGUGCGAAUCUCCCGACUGUCACUGAAGAGUCGGAGGAGGAGAUGAUACAGCGUGCUAUUCGCCUGUCACUGCUUGAAAGCAACGGUGGCGUGGAUGAUGCUGCUGCAGUGGCACCGGGCCCGGCACCAGAACUAGCAGCAGAAGAAGCAGAGCAGUACCCUCCUCGCAGCCCGAGCCCGCUACCCGAGUUCUCCAUCAUUGUGAAGCCCCUGAAGGGCAAAGGAAAGGGCAAGCAACCCUGUGCUGCGACUGGAUCAUCCUCAUCUCUCUUUUCCGAGCCCGGUUAUACCAACGGUUCGGCAGCCUUUGGGCUGGACCCUGUCGACAUUGCCUACGAUACCGUCCCAACCGCAGUAGCAACUGCGGACGCGGCCGAGUUUGGCGGUGAUAUCGAUGACGAUCUGGCUCUUGCGUUGAGGUUGAGCUUGGAGGAAGAACAGGCUCGCCAGAGCCGGAUGGCACAUCAGAGCGACAUGGAUAUGACUUCAGAUGUUCGGCACGUGUUGGAGAAUUCGGAAGAGUUUCCGAGGUUGGAUGUGAAGGGGAAGGGGAAGGGUAGGAUGAUUUGA